CUUAUGCAUCGAUAUGCGGCGAGCUAACACAGCAGUCAAAAGACAGUAUCACGUCAUACCAACUUUAGACGACCUUCUCACGAGAUUGAACGGGUCACAAUGGUUUACUCGACUGGACAUCAAAGACGCCUAUCAUCAGAUUGAGCUGCAUGAAUCAAGUCGGUAUAUCACAACAUUUAUAACCCAUUUGGGGAUGUUCCGAUAUACUCGUCUCAUGUUCGGCAUAUCCAGCGCUUCCGAAUACUUCCAGAGAACCCUUGAACAAAUUCUAUGCAAUUGUCCAAACACGUUUAAUUUCCAAGAUGACAUAUUCAUCUAUGGGAAGACGGAAGAAGAACACGAUGAAGCUCUAUCACGCACGCUCGACACCUUGGAAGCCCACAAUGUGGUCCUGAAUACAAAGAAGUCAAAGUUCAAAGUCCAGGAAACAGAAUUCCUUGGCCAUCAUAUCUCUCGUAACGGACUCAAGCCAACUGAUGAUAAAAUAGUAGCAAUUCUUAGUUUCCGAUCUCCAAGGACCUCAGAAGAAGUUCGAAGUUUUCUGGGCCUGGUGGGUUAUGUUGGCCGAUUUAUCCCCGACCUAGCAACUAAAACAUUCGAUCUACGGCAACUUAUCACCGGGGGUCACACGUUCGAAUGGGAAUCCCGACAUGAAAUAGCUUUCAACGCACUCAAAGAGGCCAUUUGCACCGCUCCAAUAUUAGGGUAUUUCGACAAUGAGCGCCGAACGAGAGUCAUUGCGGACGCUUCUCCCGUGGGAUUGGGAGCUGUUUUAGUGCAGUUCGAGGAUGAGAACGACGAUAAACCGACCAUAAUAUCGUACGCCAGCAAAAGUUUAUCCGCAACGGAGAGGCGCUACUGUCAAACAGAAAAGGAAGCCUUAGCGAUCAUUUGGAGCGUUGAAAAAUUUCAGUUUUACCUAAUCGGAAGAGAGUUUGAGCUGGAGACGGAUCAUCGACCACUUACGGCAAUAUUUAAAUCCACUUCCCAACCACCGGGUCGGAUCGAAAGAUGGGUGCUUAGGCUUCAACCAUUCAAAUUUCGCAUAAUUUACAAACCUGGGAAGGACAAUGUUGCUGAUUCAUUAUCGCGCCUCUCAAAUUCAAAUAACAAUUAUGACGUGGAUAACUCUGACGAUCAUUUGUAUAUUGCGGCGAUCACGGAAUCGGUUGCCAUUGACGUAUCUGAAAUAAAGAACGAGCUAGACAAAGAUUCGGAAAUAAUUCUCGUUAAAGAUGCCAUAUUAACAGCAUACUGGAAUAAUGAAUCGAUUAGAACAGGUGCGAAGAUGUGUGUUCCAUUUCAAAAGAAUCUCAGUUUAUUGGAAGGAUGUGUCCUCCGCGGAUGUCGGUUGGUAAUACCAAAACAGUUACGCGCAAGAAUGUUGCAACUCGCCCACGAAGGUCACCCAGGCGAGACACUGAUGAUUACCCGAUUGCGCGACAAAGUUUGGUGGCCGGGCAUGGAUGCCGAUGCGAAGAAAGUAGUGAAAGAAUGUGAGGGGUGUCGUUUAGUAAGCAAACCCUCUGCCCCCGAACCCAUGCAACGCAGAACAAUGCCAGUAGAACCGUGGGUAGAUGUAGCAAUGGAUUUCUUGGGCCCACUCCCAUCCGGCGAUUAUUUACUAGUGGUCGUAGACUACUAUAGUCGCUACAAAGAAAUCUGCAUAAUGAAAAAGAUUACAUCAGAAGAAACCAUAAAACGACUGGAGCCAAUUUUCGUACGGCAAGGAUAUCCUAGGACCAUAACGCUAGAUAAUGGACGACAAUUUAUAAGUAAGGACUUCGAGGAUUACUGUUUCACAAGAAAUAUACAUCUCAAGCAUACAGCUCCUUACUGGCCUCAAGCUAACGGGGAGGUAGAACGCCAAAACAGUUCACUACUUAAGCGUCUUAAGAUCAGUCACUCACUCAAUCGUGAUUGGAAAUCAGAUCUGUUGCAGUACUUGUUAAUGUACAACACUACUCCACAUUCCGUAACAGGCAAGCCUCCAACUAUGCUCCUCCACAACAGAGUCAUCCGAUCAAAAAUUCCAUGCGUCAGUGACCUCGAGAGGAUGCCACCAGCAAAAUCAAGCGCACAUGACAGAGACAUUAUUUUAAAGCAUAAAGGAAAAGAAAGCGAAGAUCUAAGGCGUCAUGCCAAGCCUACAGACAUUCAAAUCGGUGAUAAAGUUUUAUUGCAGAAUCUCAUUUCACUAGGAAAACUAACCCCAACAUUCGAUAAAACGGUUUACGAAGUAGUAGAACGGAGUGAAAUCGACUAA